GCUUUAGUUGUGCGAGAUUAUUUGAAACAAGUCUAACGUUAUUGAAUGUUGGCUAGUCUGUUAAACAAGCAUCAAAACUGCAACACUUGAAUUUUUUCUCCACACUAGCUCCACAUCGUUAUCAAAAUGGGGAAGAGGCAACAUCAGAAGGAUAAAAUGUACAUCACUUGUUCGGAGUACACACAUUUCUAUGGAGGGAAAAAAGCAGAAAUUCCACAGGCUAAUUUCAGACGCCUGCCGUUUGACCACUGCAGUUUGUCCCUUCAGCCAUUUGAGUAUCCCAUGUGCACUCCUGAAGGGACUGUGUUUGACUUAAUGAGUAUAGUUCCUUGGAUAAAGAAGUAUGGCACAAAUCCCAUUUCUGGAGAGAAACUAGAAGCGAAGUCUCUCAUCAAGCUGAACUUCAGCAAGAACAAUGAAGGAAAGUACCACUGUCCAGUGUUGUACACCGUCUUCACAAACAACUCCCACAUUGUGGCCAACAAGGUCACGGGGAAUGUGUUUUCCUGCGAGGCAGUCGAGCAGCUCAACAUCAAAACCAAGAGUUACAAGGAUCUUCUGACUGAUGAGCCCUUCACCCGAAAGGACAUCAUCACUCUGCAGGAUCCUACAAAUCUGGACAAAUUCAAUGUCUCCAACUUCUUCCAUGUGAAAAACAAUAUGAAAGUAUUGGAUCCAGAUGAGGAAAAGGCCAAGCUGGACCCAGCCUACCACCUGAAGAGCACCAACCUGGAGACUCGGGAGACCCUGGCUGAGCUCUACAAGGAGUUUAAGGGUGAUGAGGUCCUGGCGGCGACCAUGAAGGAGCCCGAAAAGAAAAAAACGGACAAACUCAAUGCGGCCCACUAUUCUACCGGCAGGGUGUCGGCCUCCUUCACAUCCACAGCCAUGGCCCCUGAGACGACACAUGAAGCAGAUGCCAUUGCUGAUGACACUGUGCGGUACCAGUAUGUGAAGAAGAAGGGAUAUGUCCGCCUGCAUACCAACAAAGGUGACAUCAACCUAGAGCUGCACUGUGACAAGGUUCCCAAAGCUGGUGAAAACUUUAUUAGGCUCUGCAAGAAAGGCUAUUAUGAUGGUACAAUCUUUCACAGAUCCAUCCGGAACUUCAUGAUUCAAGGAGGAGAUCCCACAGGGACAGGCACAGGCGGAGAGUCAUUUUGGGGGAAACCCUUCAAGGAUGAGUUCCGGCCCAACCUCUCCCACACAGGCCGUGGUGUCCUCAGCAUGGCCAACUCUGGACCCAACACCAACAAAUCCCAGUUCUUUAUCACCUUCCGCUCUUGCACCUACCUGGACAGAAAGCACACUGUGUUUGGAAGAGUUGUGGGUGGGUUUGAAACUCUAACUGCCAUGGAGAAUGUUGAGAGUGACCCAAAGACAGACCGUCCUAAGUCAGAGAUUAAGAUCCUGAGUGCCACAGUGUUUGUGGAUCCCUACGAGGAAGCAGAUGCCCAGAUUGCAGCAGAGAGGGAGAAGGAGUUGCAGAAACAGGAAGAGGAGAAAGCUCAGACAGCUGCCUUGCUGAACAAGGCCAAAGAUGAUCAGCCACCUAAGACCUUCCGCCCUGGCGUGGGCAAGUACAUUAACAUGGCAGCAACGAAGCGCUCGGCAGACGAGGACGAAGGCGGACCUUCCACCAGCGGGGUGGCCAUCAAAAAGCCCAAGGGGAAGAGUGGCUUUGGGGACUUCAGCUCCUGGUAGACCUGCAACCUUCGUGUGGAUGCCCAUGUGCACUAUCACAGGGACAGCAACCAUGUGGCCAAGUGGUUAGACUGUAUUUAAAAUGUGCAUUAUAAGACGUCAUAAAUGCUUUAUUACACAUUAUUCAUUCUGAUGAUUAAUGAAUUCAUGGCAGUUCACUUCUGAUAAUUGUAUAUGCUGAGGUACACUGUGAUGUAUGCAAAUAAUUAAGA